UUAUUGUCAUAGAAGCUUACAAACGUCUGUUGCAAAUUAUUUGUAUUUGAUAAAUUUUGUAGAAACGCUAAAUUGUUGAAGUGAAUACAGCCAAGGAUGUCACAAGAGAGUCGCAUCGAAGCCGGUGGCUGCUGUGCGCCAGCACCACCACCAUGUUGCGGACCCACCUGCUGUGGGCGCCCUGGCGGCGCCGCCGCCAGUUUGAUAAAGCAGCGUAACUAUGAUCCGUGCUCACCGGAGAAUUGCCGCAUCUAUGGCGUGCAUGAUGAGCCCUAUUUGCGGCCCUUUGAUCCCAAGGACUGUGGCAAGAAUAAGCGCAAGAAGUUUGACAAUUCAUUGGGCAGCCCAGUGGGCCUGGUCGCGGGCUCAAUACUGACAAAGUCGAGCGAACCGAAUAGCGAGAGCAUAAGGUUUGCUGGCAAUCUGAAAGGAUUUGCUACGAUGUAUUUUACGCGACGCGGCGAUUGGCAGCCCGAGACAAUCGAUCAGGUUGUGGUGGAGGGCCAAGUGUUGUAUAACGAUUCCACGGGCAUGGACGAACCCAAUCUGAAUGCCUAUCCAGAGAUUUAUGAUACGAAUGAGCAGGCGGUAACGCGACAUUUUAAGAUAAACGAGAUUGAAUUUGCGGUGGAAUUGGAUGCACCAUUUGAAAUCUACGGCACCGCCAACACCUUGGCCUCGCUACGUCGCGUGAUGAAAGCUUUCUUCAAGCAAUACAAGUACGGAAUGUUCUAUACGCCCAAUUGGUACUUGCUGAUAUGGAAGGAGACUGGAGUUUGGAUGGUGCUCGAUUUGAAUGGACGCGAUCCGGCGACCAUGAAGCAACAGCUCGACGGUGGUUACCCCAUGCUGCUGGCAUUGCGCUCACUCGAUAAUGUGGUGCAUCUGAUACGCAGCGAGAGCAAUGUGGAGAAGACAAAUGCGUUUACGCUGAGGGAUAUUUUGGUGGUGCGAUUGGUCACGCCCGGACCGGACGGCAGCAGCUGGGAGCGAGAUUUUGGACCUCGCAUGAGCGAGUUCGAUGUCAUCGCCUCGGACUAUGCGUAUCUCAAGUCGAAUUUGCACUUAACGCUCAAUCCAAAGGAUGCGCUGCGCAAUCGUAGUGCACUGCCUGUGGCGGUGGCCAGCAUGCUGGCCUCCAAGAUCGAUCAUCCGGCAACGUGGGAUGCCAAGACCUACGACAAGGUCAUGUGCUAUGGCGUCAACAUGUGCAAGAACUGCUGGGAGCCCUGCACGAGCCUGAAGAAGCCCAUGGACCUGGAUACGUUUCCGCGACAGCUGCGCAUGGGACAAUUCGUGGCCGAGGUGAUGCUGACCCCGAAUGUCUACGAGGGCUGGUGGAAAUGCGUGCCCAUGUACAAGUUCAAUGACUUUCACCUGAUGCUGGAGAAAGCGCUGAACGAGAACGACUAUGUUAUCUUCCAGAUCAACAAUCAGAUGUAUUCCGUUUGGAAGAAGGGCGAUUUCAUCUAUUUGAUGGAUCCCUAUCGGCAUCACAUUGUGGGACGCAUUCUGGAGGAGGGAGAGGAUCCCAAGAGCGCCUCGGUGCGCAUGUUUGGCAACAUGGAUCGCUUUCUCAGCGUGUUCCAUCAAGUGCUGCUCGAAUCGAAUCGUUCGGCUAUAUUUCACAUACACACGCUGCGUAUACGCAACAUUUCCGAAUGUCCACCCGGCACAGCGCCCGCACUGCUGCCGCCUGAUCACGACAUUGAGGUGGCUUCGCUUAAUGAGACCAUUCAAUUCGAUGAGAGCUACGACAAGUGCUUGGAUCAAUUGGCCGCCAUUAGCGACUACGAAGAGGAUCUUGCUUCGGACAUUGAGCCCAUCGAGGAGGUUAGCUCGUCCGAGGAGAUGGUCGAGGAGGAAGAAGGCGGCGAAGGUGGCGAAGUCGAGGGUGGCGAAGAUGAUGACGACGAUGAAGACGAUUAAUUUUAAUGAGCACACUCGCCUGACUUUUCAGUUUGGGAUAUUUAAAUUGUUGUUAAUAAAGUGAUGAGAUUUAAUUAACGGUG